UCAGCUGACAGAGCAGGGAUAGGGCUGUGUUCCGGGGGUGACAAGUGGCUGCUCGGUGUUGUGUAUCCGGGGUGGUCGUAACGUGAGGAUCUGCAGCCCGGGGACGUGACCGGCAUGUACUGAGGGCCCUGCCCCCAUCUCCUCUGAUAUUCUCACUAAGAUCAAAAAUGAGCCCCACCCAGUGGGAUUUUCCUGUGGAAUUAUGCUGUCGCCCCAUGGCCUUUGUGACCCUCACUGGAUUAGAUGUGACAUACAACGCGGUUCAUCGCGCCAUUUGGGAUGCCUUUUGUGCAAAUAGACGUGCAGACCGCGUCCCCAUCUCGUUUAAAGUGCUUCCAGGAGACCACGAAUUUCCAAAAUGUAGAACAAAGAGAACAUCAUAUGAAUGGUACAUCCCCAAAGGAAUCCUAAAGACUGGUUGGAUGAAUAAACACCUGAACUUGGUGCCCGCGUUGGUCGUUGUGUUUUACGAACUUGACUGGGAUGAGGGCCAGUGGAAGGAGAAACAGUCAGAAUGUGCGACCAGAGUGGAAAUUGUCAGGCAGAGCUUGCAGGGAAGAAACACCAAGGUGGCAGUUGUUCUUAUUCAGAAGAAAACACCUUUACCGCCAGGUGAAGAUCUGAUUGCUUCGGAAAGAGCUGCUGCCCUGUGCAAUGCCUGUGACCUGUCGGGGAAGUCUCUCUUCGUGUUGCCACACACUGAUCACCUGGUGGGCUAUAUCAUCCGAUUGGAGAAUGCUUUUUAUGAACACGCACAAACCUACUACUACUCCGAAAUCCGAAGGAUAAAGUCCCACAAGGAGUUCUUAAAUAAAACCACUCACCAGCUCCUGUUCGUGAGGCAUCAGUUCAAGAUUGGAUUUUUCAGUGAACUGAAGCAGGAUACACAGAAUGCCUUAAAGAACUACAGGACCGCUUAUAACUUGGUGCAUGAACUGAGGUCUCAUGAAACCAACAUGCUGGAAAUCAAGACGAUGGCUGGCUUCAUAAACUAUAAGAUCUGCCGCCUGUGUUUCCAGCACAACACUCCUCUAGAUGCCAUUGCACAGUUCAGAAAGCACAUAGAUUUGUGCAAGAAGAAGAUAGGCAGUGCCGAAUUGUCCUUCGAACAUGCGGCCUGGAUGUCUAAACAGUUCCAGGCUUUUGGAGAUUUAUUUGAUGAGGCUAUUAAACUCGGGCUGACUGCCAUUCAAACCCAGAAUCCGGGAUUCUAUUACCAGCAGGCUGCAUAUUAUGCGCAGGAGCGCAAGCACCUAGCAGGCCUUCUGUGUAACCAUGAUCCCUCUGUAGCAUAUCCCAAUCCAGAUCCUCUGGAGACUCCCAAUGGCGUGUUGGACUUUUAUGGACAGAGGGCCUGGAGACAAGGCAUACUGAGUUUCGACCUUUCCGAUCCGGAGAAGGAGAAGGCCGGUAUACUCGCACUUCAACUAAAAGAGAGAGAUGUCAUCCACUCGGAACUUAUCAUCAGCCUCCUCAGCAAUGCCGUGGCCCAGUUCAAGAAGUACAAAUGCCCACGAAUGAAAAGCCACUUAAUGGUACAGAUGGGUGAAGAAUAUUACUACGCCAAAGACUACACUAAGGCCCUGAAGUUGCUGGAUUAUGUCAUGUGUGACUACCGCAGUGAGAGGUGGUGGACCCUGCUCACCUCUAUACUGAAUACAGCUCUAAAAUGUGCUUAUCUAAUGGCACAACUUAAAGAUUACAUCACCUACUCUCUGGAGCUGCUUGGAAGAGCAUCAACGUUAAAGGACGAUCAGAAGUCCAGAAUUGAAAAGAACUUAAUUAUGGUGUUAAUGAAUGAGAGUCCUGAUCCAGAGCCAGACUGUGAUGCAUCCAUGGUGAAACUGGCGCAACGCUUGUGGGCAGACAGGGUGUCCCUGGCGGGCAGUAAUAUGUUUACCAUUGAAGUGCAAGACUUUGUUCCAUUUGUACAAUGCAAGGCCAAGUUCCUGGCACCAAGUUUUCAUGUCGAUACACCGGUGGAGCUGUGCAUCUAUUUAAAAACGGAUUGCCCACAUCCUAUCCGCUUCUCCAAGCUCUGUGUUGGAUUCUGCAACCAGGAAUACAACCAGUACUGUGUGGUUGAAGAGCAGUACCAGUCCAGCGAUAUACUGGAGCAGUCAGCACAAGGAACCAUGUGCCUGGUGCCUGGAAAAACCAGAAAGUUCACCUUCAAGUUUGUUGCUAAAACGGAAGAUGUUGGUAAGAAGAUUGAGAUAACAUCCGUAGAUCUAAUCCUGGGCAGUGAGACAGGCCGCUGUGUCAUUCUGAACUGGAGGGGUGGUGGAGGAGAUGCUGCCUCAGCUCAGGAAGCCAUCCAGGCCGCUCGCUCCUUUAAACGCAGGCCUAAGCUACCUGAUACUGAAGUGCACUGGGAUAGCAUCAUAAUCCAAGCCAACACCAUGGUUAUUUCCAGAGUACCUAAAGUCUCCAUGCAACUGCGCCAUGAGCCGCCAGCGCUAAAUAAUGAGAUGUACUGCUUGAUGAUUACCAUACAGUCUCAGGAGGACACGGUCAUCAAGGAUGUGAAGCUCACUGCAGGACUCAAACCAGGGCAAGACGCCAACCUCACACAGAAGACUCUGGUCGCGCUUCAGGGAACAGAAAUGUGUGAUGACUCAAGCCCGGCGCUUCUCACCGACAUCCCCAUAGGAAAGCUGCAGCCUGGAGAAAAGCGGGAUAUGCCCUUGUACAUCCGUUGCAGCACUGUUGGAUCGCGGGUAUUCCUGGUUUAUGUUUCAUACCUGAUAGAUACCUCUGUGGAUGGCAAAGAGGUUGUCUGCAGAUGUCACAGGGAUGAGACUGUAACCAUUGAGACGGUGUAUCCCUUUGACGUAGCUGUGAAGUUUGUCUCUAUAAAGUUUGAACAUUUAGACCGCGUCUACACCGACAUCCCAUUUUUGUUAAUGACGGAUAUUCUAAGCGCCUCUCCGUGGGCUCUCACCAUCUUAUCCAGUCAACUGCAGCUCUCGUCAUUCGUGUCCCCUGUGGAUCAGCUGGAGUCACACGUGGAGAAUGUUGUGUUACAGACUGGAGAGAGCGCCAGUGAAUGCUUCUGUCUUCACUGUCCACCUAUAGCCAAUCCUCAAACCGGUGUGGCCACUGGCAGCUAUAUUAUUUCCUGGAAGAGGAGCUCAGCUACAGAAAAUGUACCCGUUGUGAAGACAGUGGUUACGUUACCCCAUGUUAUGGUCGAGAGUAUUCCACUUCACAUACGAGCAGAUCUGCCAUCGUUUGGAAGGGUAAGGGAAUCUCUGCCAGUCAAGUAUCAUCUACAGAAUAAGACCAAUUUGGUCCAGGACAUCGAAAUUGCAGUGGAGCCAAGUGACGCAUUUAUGUUCUCUGGACUCAAACAGAUCCGAUUACAAAUCCUACCUGGUAAUGAGCAAGAGAUGCUGUAUAACUUUUACCCAUUGAUGGCUGGAUACCAACAACUUCCAUCUCUCAAUAUCAAUGUGUUGAGAUUUCCAAAUUUCACUAGCCACAUGCUAAAGCGUUUCUUGCCAACUCAUAAAUUUGUGAAGCCACAAGGACGUCACGUAGAUGAUGACUCAAUUGAAGCCGCGUGAGAAGGAGAAUCCCUGUGCAUUGGUCUUUAUCUGCUCAGUCCAUAUAUGAAGUCUGUUCUUGGCUCAAUAUAUUUUUAACAUCCUAAAACCAAACAUGUUUUUGAGUGUUAACAUAUUUAGGAGGAUAUAGUGGGAGAUUUAUCGAGGGCCUAGGUUUUAUUAAUACAUUCCAGUUCAGGCCAAUAUUCUUCUAAGUGCAAGCAUGUCUGUAAUGCAAGGCAGUACAUCACUAGGUUGUGAGUAUCUGCACAAAGCUUUAAAGGGUAACUGGUCAUAUUUUUUUUAUUUGCUAGUUUAUUAGAGCUAGGCAUGUAUACCAUGUAGUCUGUCAAUGAUUGUCAAAAGAUCUGUAAUUACCUUAUAAUAACAGCUUUCAUUAAUGUCCUCUGUCCCUUUCCACUGCUCCUUUAAAAGACCGUUGCUAUGGCUUGUCUGUCUUUGGCUAAAAAGACGGAGGAGCGGUCCUUCACACUGCAUGCCUGCAUUAGGUUUCAGAGUGAGGAGGCGUGUCUCUCAGUAAUCCCAUCUGAUUGGAUGGCAGAGAGCUGCUGGCUACAGCAAGUGUGUAUGGGAAGUGAG